GUUCUUCCAUCAGCAGCAAUUAGUUACUUUGUCUAUGAGGUUAUGAAGAUUGUUCUCAAAGUAGAAUGAAUGAAUACAUUAGAAAAUAACCAGCAGGAGGUUGUACUACAAAGAUCACAGGACAUAAAUCAAAAUGGUUUGCUCAUUCCCCUCUAUACUUGGCAUCUUCUUCCGCAAUCCUCUUUAUCCAUGUCGUUGCCGCCUACCGACGGAUCCGCCACCUGUUCUUCAUGCUUCUCCUGCCAGAAUGGUUGCUUUCAUGGCCACGAUGACGGAUCCUGUGCUGAUCCUCGUUGUAUACAAUGCAUGAGAUCGGAUCCUCCUUCAUGCUCUUCUGCUCCUUUGUUGGGGUUUGAUUCGAUUCCAUUGAAGGACUCGGAGAAGCUGUCGAGAGUUAUUAUCGCUUCGGCUAAAGGAUUCUCAAUUGGUGCCGGCCUUAAAGGAGGCCUUUCUCUGUUUUCAAUUCUCGCUAGGCUGCGUCGCACCAGGUUAUGCUCUUCAUCGAGGAAAGUUGAGGUGUUUUCGAAUAGUGAAGCUAUUGCAUUGGCUCUUAAAGAGACGCUAAGAUAUGGUCUGUUCCUUGGGACCUUUGCCGGUACAUUUGCUUCUGUGGAUGAGAUUAUUGCUUCUUUGGGAGGCCACCGUAGGACUGCCAAGUGGAGAGCUUUACUUGCCGGAUUGAUUGCUGGGCCCUCUAUGCUUCUUACGGGACCAAACACGCAGCAUACAAGUUUGGCCCUAUACACACUUAUGCGUGCUGCCGUGUUGGCGUCACGUUGUGGGGUUAAGAGCAAACGGUUCGGUACAUAUUGUAAACCUCUUACUUGGAAGCAUGGAGACAUAUUCCUCAUGUGUCUUUCUUCUUCUCAAAUUUUGUCAGCUUACAUAUUGAAGGAAGACAGUUUGCCCCCUUCAUAUAAGUCCUUUCUCAAGAAACAUGGUGGGAAGGAUACUGUUAUCUUGCAAGGAGUAAAGGAGAUAGCAAGUGGCUUGCCUUUUACAGAUUUGGAUUCCAUUGAGAAAUAUUACAACUCUACAGGUGUUAGCAUUAAACUAGAUCCAGAAAUGAAAAUCCCCUGCUCGAUUAUACAUGGAAAUCAGUCAUGUGGAGGACAUAUUAUAUCAUUUUUCAUUCAAGCGUACAAAAGAGCACUCCCCGUAUAUCUCCCUGUGUAUUUAAUUCCUGCAUUAAUAGUUCACCGUGAAGGCCUCUGGAAAAGUCCUUGCAGCAUACUAGCUAAGGGUCUUGUUGGUAUUGCAAGAUCAAGUUUGUUUCUGUCUACGUAUUGCUCGUCUGCGUGGAUGUGGACAUGCGUACUCUUUAGAAUCUUCAGGAGAUGUAACAUUCCAAUGGUGGCAAUGGGGACGUUUCCCACUGGCCUAGCCCUGGCAAUAGAGAAAAAAAGCCGACGGAUUGAGAUAUCACUCUACUGCCUUGCACGAGCAAUUGAUAGCUUCUUCACAUGUACGAAGGAUGUUGGAUAUUUGCCGCAGUCAAAGAAUCUGAAGAGAGCUGAUGUGGUGAUGUUCAGUAUCUCAACUGCUAUAAUAAUGCACUGCUACUCACAGGAAAGGGAAAUGUUCCGGUCCAAGUACCUUAUUGUUCUUGAUUGGGUGUUCGGCGUACCUCCUCUCCCAGAUGAAACGCCCCGACGCAAAGAGAGUCGAAAAGCAAAUCCAUGGGCUCCUUGAUUGAAGGAAAAUCAUAAAAUGCUCCAAGUGCACUAAUUUUCAGUACUCUUUUCUCCCCAAAAAUUCAGUUAUUCUUAAAACUCCUUUUUGAAUUUAUCACAGGCUUACAGUUUCCCAAUUUAAUUUUUGCCAAAAAGUUUAUAGUUAUCGAGUAUAUAGUUUUAUCUUUUUUAUAUAAUUUUUACUAGU